AUGAACGUAAGUGUGGGCGUGGAUAACUGGGUGAUCCAUCUGUGCCCGAAGUAUUCCCUGUUGAACACUUCUAUCAUCAACCAAACUCUCCACUGGCGGUCACCGACCCCAAACACCAUCUUCUUCACCGACACCUCGUGCGGCAUCAACUUCACCCCCAGGCAGGUAAGAUACAAUUUUGCGCUAUCACAACGAGGUCAUUGGAGGUUUUGUGUGCCCUUAAGAGGACGCAGUCUGAGAUUGAUGACUGAGUUACUUACUGUGAGGAAUAAUGAUGAAUGUUACAUGACCUUCCUGUCUACUGUGUUUAUACAAGUGACCUUCCUGUCUACUGUGUUUACACAAGUGACCUUCCUGUCUACUGUGUUUACACAAGUGACCUUCCCGUCUUCUGUGUUUACACAAGUGACCUUCCCAUCAUCUGUGUUUACACAAGUGACCUUCCCAUCAUCUGUGUUUACACAAGUGACCUUCCCAUCAUCUGUGUUUACACAAGUGACCUUCCCAUCAUCUGUGUUUACACGUGACCUUCCCGUCUACUGUGUUUACACAAGUGACCUUCCUGUCUACUGUGUUUACAUAAGUGACCUUCCCGUCUUCUGUGUUUACACAAGCGACCUUCCCGUCUCCCGUAUUUACACAAGUAACCUUCCCGUCUCCUGUGUUUACACAAGCGACCUUCCCGUCUUCUGUGUUUACACAAGUGACCUUCCCAUCAUCUGUGUUUACACAAGUGACCUUCCCAUCAUCUGUGUUUACACAAGUGACCUUCCCGCUUGCGCUGUGGAAAGCGCCGCCCAUCACCACCCUCACCGCCCAGUCCUGUUGAUGGUGACCGCCCCGGCUGUGCGUCCCCACCCACUCCUUCAGAUAGUUGAAGAUCUGGGAAACGUGGAGCUGGUAUAUUUGGAUCUCGAUCAGGUGUUUGACGGACCUCCUCUCCAGUCGUGGCACAGCCAGCGUCUCUGGCUGUACAUAGAAGAGCGUUCGUCCAUCUUCGUCAGCGACGCAGCCAGGGUUGAGCUCCUGCGACGCUACGGAGGGACCUACCUUGACCUCGACGCCCUGACCCUGCGACCUCUCCCUGACCUCGAACCCUACGUGGGUCGUGUUAGCUCCACCCAUGCUGGCAAUGGGGUCAUGAGCUUCCCACCUCGACAUCCACUGAUUCAGGCGAUGGCGGAUGACCUUCCACGAGCAUUCAACCCUACUGAGUGUUGCAGCAUCGGGCCCUACCUAAUUACCAGACAUCUUCACAAUUGGUGUCCUGGGAACUUCACCAUUCCCAGGAACACCAGCAACAGGGCCAAGGAGACCUGCCAAGACAUCACCAUCUACCCGGAGCGUGCCUUCUGUCCUAUCAAGUGGACUCCAGUUCUGACAGAGUUACAAGGUGUCUUCUUUAACGGAAUGGGGCUCGGAGCUAAGUUCCUGAAGGAUGCGUCUGACGUCUAUUCCCUUCAUCUUUAUAACUCUUUAUCAAAAGAGGAAAGAGUUGAGCUGAAGGGAGACUCCAUUAUAGAGGAGGUGGCCAAGAGGAACUGUCCCAAGGUGUAUGAUUUUCUUCUCACCCAUAACAUGGCGAUCUGA